AUUUAAUCUUCUGUUUCAGUUCUUCUGUAAAGGAGACCAACUCAACAACUGCACAGACAUGAUGGCAAAUCCAACAAAGUUCAGGCUGCACCAACUUUCCUCCAGCUGUUUCUCUGUGACCAUCACAGAACUGGAAGCAGGAGAUGCUGGGAGAUACUACUGUGGUCCAGACUCACAGCGGAGCUUUACAGACUACACCAAGAUUCAGCUGGAAGUCGUUUCUCCACAUGAAAGCAGCACCGUGAGCCUGAGCACCAUGACUGGACACGUUACAUCACCACCACCACCACCACCACCAUCAUCAUCAUCAUCACCAUGUGAGUACAUGUUUAAAAGCUUUAAUACCAGACCUGAUUAAAGUAGAUCCGUUUCAUGUAUCUGUAGCAGUGGAGACAUUGAGUGUUUGUAGUUUGACUUUUGCUGCUAAUUCUAUGAGAACAGGAACAUGAAAGUAAAGACCGGAUGUUUCAGGUCACAGCCAUUAAACCAUAAAUAUACCAAAUAAAGCCGUCAUGAUGGGGUAAAACAUUCACGUUGGUGUGAAAAACACACACUAACUUCUCUAUUUUUGUCUUUGCAGGCAUGACUUUAUUUUACAUUCUGCCUGCUGUAGUUCUGCUGCUGAUAAUAACUUUAGUUAUUUUAAUGUAAAAGUCAAAAUAAAAGUUUUUUAAAGGAAGGCUUGGUUUCACAUCCUCAGCUCGUCUUAUUUAAAGUUCAUCCUCUAUGUCGAGAAAGGUCACAAAACUUGAAAUAAACAUGUUGGUGAUGAAUAAGAACAUAACCUACAAGGGUAGCAUGAAUGCACAGUCAAAAUACUCCUCAUGUGUCUUUCUCUAUUGGACAGCAGUAGCGAGGAAGUUUGGUGGGUUGUUCAGUAAUCAAAAGGUUGCGGGUUCAAUCUGACCAGAAAAUGCUGCUGUUGUGUCCUUGGGCAAGACACUUAACCCGCCUUGACUGCUGGUGGUGGUCGGAGGGACCGGUGGCAGCAGUGUUCGGCAGGCCUCACCUGUAUCAGAGCGCCCCAGGGCAGCUGUAGCUUCGUCGUAGCUCAUCAUCACCAGUGUGUGAAUGGGUGAAUCACUGAUUGUGUUGUGAAGCGUCUUGGGGGGUUGUAGAACCCUAAGAAGGCGCUGUACAAAUACAGGCUUUGUACCAUUCUAUUAGAGCAGAAAUCAGGAGGUUUUUUUCUCCUUGAAGCUGCUAUAUCAAAUUUUGAAAACAACUUAGCGUAAAACGUUGUUGGUGCAUUAAUGCUUCUUAACAAUGUUCUAACAUGUAGCUAUAAAUACAUUGUGCAGAUAAAAAAGAAAGUAAUGAGGUUGCAAUAACACGUUUCGGACCAAAAACACUGGACCAUCCAGUUGUAGGUGCCACCGAACAUUACACACUCACACGUUUAGCAACAGAACACCACUGGUGUGAGAGGUUCUCCGCUCAACAAUUAAGGAGAAACAGCCGGCUGCUACCAGAGUCCCAAAAAGAAAAACACCAUUUGAAGUCACAGACAACAAAAGACAUUUGGACCUAGAAAACGGCGACUGGUGUUUAGCGCUAUCUCGUUUUCCUCCGGCAUCCCGGGUCUCCAGUUCCAUCAGAAGCUUCUCAGGGAAGAUACCCAACAUGAUGGAUGGACGAGUUUUCCGUGAUCGUGUUUGCAUUCGAAACCCAGUUUGUUUGCGGAUUAAAUUAUAACAGCUUUAAGCCCCUCUCUUCUUGCUGGAAGCAACACCUCUCCUGUAAACACACCUCUAGCACCUCAGUGUUGAUGUCUUAUGUGCUUUAUUAAGAUUUUUUUGUAAUUUAUUGUGUUUCAUACUUUUUAAUCUUUCUAAUUUCAUAAUCAGCUCUUUGAUCAGUGCUCACUGUUUACUGUUUUGUACUUUACUAACAAAGUUGGCUGUAAGAGGUUUUGGUUUCAGAUAGAACAGAAUAGCUACAUAAACAACAACAACAACAAUAACACAGCUACGGUUUGGUGAGAUUAGAUGAGAUGUACUGUACUUUACUGACCACAAAGUUGGUAAAUAAUCAGGCAUUUCUGGGACAGAUAAUAGUCUAAAACAGUGGUUCCCAACUCCUACAUUCAUAUAACCAUUGAAUGUGGUUAUUUACUAACUUCAUAGAGUUUUGAUUAUAAUAUUUAGUGUGUUUUGGGGAUUUUAUGAAUGCUAUUUUUGGGCCUCCCUUUGGGCUGGCGGACCCCAGGUUGGGGGUAGGUUGGUCUAAAUGCAGAAGUAAAAUAAUUCGAAGUGCAGCCAUCACACUGGUUAGCUGUGAGAAUGAGUCUGUUUUCUUGGUCUCACUUCCUGGAAGGUUUUGAAAGGAAGCAGAGAUGUGGAGCCUUCACCACCUGCACUUCAUGCUGUACGUUGCUCUGAGCUGUGUGACCUGUACUGCUGAUGUGAUCCAAGUGUUUGGAUAUGAGGGCAGGGAUGUUUCUGUCUCCUGCCCUUAUGGUGGCGGUUAUGAGAAGCAUGAAAAGUACCUGUGUAGAAACGAAUGUGGUAGCCGUGAUGUUCUCAUUACCACAUCACAAACAAACGAAACCAAAUACUCCAUCUAUGAUGACAGAAGAUCAAGGAUCUUCACAACAACUAUCUCAACUUCUCGUUUUACUGAUGCUGGUAAAUACUGGUGUGGAGUGACCAGGGAUUUGAAGGACGUUUAUACUGAAGUCCGACUGAAGAUAACUCCAGACAGCUGCUGUAACAGCACGACUCAAAUCAAAGCUGACGGAGAAGGUUCAGUGUCCAUCAGGUGUCCGUAUGAGUCAGAGAAUGAAGACAGCCUGAAGUACAUCUGCAGAGGGAAGCAGCCCUCCACCUGCCUGCAGCGGGCUCUAAUCACCUCCAGCAGGCAGAGCGGACGAUUCAGUUUCACUGAUGACAAGAAGUCAAGAACAUUCACGAUCACCAUUUACAAUCUGACGCUGGAGGAUUCUGGGUCGUAUCUGUGUGGAGUCCAAAGUGACUCAGGACUGGAUGAUUUCUCUGCUGUUGAACUGGAGGUCAAAGAAUGGUGCUGUGUGAUCCCAAAGAACAUGACAGGAGUUGUGGGACAAUCAGUAACGGUGCAGUGUCCUUAUCCACCUGAGGACCAUAACAACAGGAAGUUCAUCUGCAAAGGAAACAAACACGACUGUAGAGACGUGAUGAUGAUGAUGAUGAUGAUGAGCCAAAACAGGUUCAUGCUACACGACGAGUCCUCCAGUUCUUUCUCCGUGACCAUCACAAACCUGGAAGCCAGUGACACUGGGACGUUCUGGUGUCGCUCUGACUCAGAGUGGAGAGUUGGAAACUACACCCAGUUUCAUCUGUCUGUAGUUUCCCCACCGCUUCCUGAGACAGGUGCUGUUUUUUAUGUGCUUCUUUCUACACCUGCUGCUCUUCUGCUGAUACCGGUUGUGGUCGUUCUGGUUAUGGUCUGCAAACACCGAUGCUCCAAAGUGAAAGAACCAGAAGUCAUCGUGGACAGAAACAACAUUGAGGCUGAAAACAAUCAUGAACAGGUGUAUGGAAAUGAUGGUUUUCUUAUUAUGCUGCAGAGAAACACCAAACAGCAGAAUCCUUAUCAAGAGGAAGAUGAAAGUGAAGCAGAUUAUGAAAACAUCACAAGAACACUGGACCCCUAAUGGAAUGGAGACUUCUAUUAUCCCAACAGGAGAUGAAGAGCUUGGAACCACUGUUUUACACACACACACACACACACACACACACACACACACACACACACACACACACACACACACACGCAUUCUUGUACUUACUACAUACUGAGGACCAAGUAAAAUUACUCACAAACUGAGGCCCACCAUUUGUGAUGUACUUAGAGACACAAAAAGAUGAUUUCUGGACACUGGGUGUAAAAACCAACCUAAACACUCCUUUAGAUAUUGCAAUAUUGCCAUUUUUCAAAAAAAGUUUUUAACCAGCAUACUGAGGACCAAUUGCUCAGCUGACACCCCCCCCCCCCC